AUGCCUCCUCCUGGUGUGUGUCUGAAUAUUUUGAACGAACGGCAUGAGAAAGAGGGCAGAGGAUCUGUCAGCAACCCUGACAAGUUCCUGGAUCAGGACUUCAAAAAGCUGCAUCAAUACUGUCUCAUGAAUGAAUUUAGGUUCAUAGAUGGAAUGUUUCCUCCGGAAUGUAGUUCCAUUGGUGAUGGACUUCUCCACCAAAAUGAGCUGGCAAGAAUUGUGUGGCAAAGACCAAGGAUAAUGGUGAAAGAUCCUCGCUUUAUUCUCGGAGGAGUGUCCAGGUUUGACUUCAGACAAGGUCGACUUGGGAACUGCUGGUUUCUUGCCUCUAUUGGAGCACUGACAUUUCAAGAUGACAUUAAGAAACAUAUUAUACCACAGGAACAAUCUUUCCAAAAGGACUAUGCAGGAAUUUUCCACUUUAGGUUCUGGAGAUUUGGGAAGUGGGUUGAUGUGGUGAUUGAUGACAAGCUUCCAACAAUUGAUGGGAGACUGAUAUUUGUGGACUCACAAACCCCCAAUGAGUUUUGGGCUGCGCUGAUGGAGAAGGCCUAUGCCAAGGUUUGUGGCUCCUAUGCUAACAUGAACGCUGGCAGCGUGUCUGAGGCCCUGAUGGACUUCACAGGUGGCAUUCACAUGACAUUCAAGCUGAACGAAGCCCCCGCUGACCUCUGGGACAUCAUGUUCAGAGCUGCCCGGUCCAAAUCCCUCAUGGGCUGUGGCACUCCAGCAGGGGUCAGUCAGGAAAAUAUUUUGCCUAAUGGGAUAGUGGAGGGCCAUGCCUACGCAAUUACAGGAAUUACGCAGGUCAUGAGUAAUAAUUGCCCUGUUAGACUGAUUAGGUUGUUCAACCCCUGGGGCCAAGGGGAGUGGAAGGGUGACUGGAGUGAUAAGUCAUCCAAAUGGCAAACUGUCAGUCCAGAGGACCGUACAGCUUGCCUCUCCAUCCGUGACGAUGGGGAAUUUUGGAUGUCAAUGGAGGAUUUCUGCAAGAGCUAUUCUGACAUGGACAUCUGCUCCACGAGCCUUGGUUUCCUCAAUGCAUCCACAGAUUGUCAAUGGACAUACAAGUUUCACGGGGGACGAUGGGUCACCGGGACCACUGCUGGUGGUUGCCUGAAUCACACAGGGAGUUUUUGGACAAACCCUCAGUAUCACAUCAAGUUAGAAGCCCUGAAGGGUGAAUGUGCUAAUGACAACGACAAGAACCUACUCGUGUCCCUCAUGCAGAAGUCUGACAAAAGGAACAGACACCUUGACUCCAACUUCAAUAUUGGCUUCUCAAUUUUCAGUGUGCCACCUGAGUACAAAGGCAGAGUGGGGAAGUUUCCUGCAGAGUUUUUCAUGAGGAAGCCUGAAGCUUCAUCCAAAAGCUUCCUGAAUGCUCGAGAGGUCAUGGAGUUCUUCAGAUUGGACCCAGGCGAGUAUAUCAUUGUCCCGUCCACUUUCAACCCAAAUGAGACGGCCUCCUUCAUCCUGUCCACAUUCUCCAAGACAGACAGCCAUCUUGAUGAAAAAUCCAUUGACAGUUGGACGAUUACGAAGCCCAGUCCUACUGACAAACUAAAUGACAACAACUCCAAGGUUACCUUAUUCCAGAAGUACACAGACCAGUAUGAAGAAGUGGAUGCAGAGCAGCUACAGAGGCUUCUGAAUGAGAACCUUCUUCAAGGCAACUCCUCAGGCUUUGGCCUGGAUACCUGUCGCAGUAUGGUUGCCUUGAUGGACCUCUCUGUCACGGGCCACCUUAAUCGUCAUGAAUUCCUUCGACUGUGGGACCGAGUGGCCACAUACAGGGAAAUCUUUUACCGCACUGACAUCUCAAAGACCGGCGACUUGUCCCUUAGUGAACUGAGGAAUGCUAUGAUUGCCGCAGGUAUGCAGAUUAGCGAUAGCAUGCUGAACCUCAUGGCUUUGCGCUAUGGCUCAAAAGGAAACUUAACGCUGGAGAGCUUUGUGUCACUCAUGCUGCGCUUGGAGUGCAUGUCCAAGGUCUUCGAAAAGCUGUCAGAUGGGAAGGGAAUCUAUCUGCAGGCGCAUGAGUGGAUGCAUCUUAGCAUGUAUUCCUAGAAGUUGUGACGAAAACUAUGUGGCUCUAUACGUUUCAGAAAUACUCUCCAUGCUGUUUGUAUUUAGGCUUCUGAGAAAACCUUUGAUGAUGUAAACUUUAGUAUUUAAGGAGCUGAAGUGCCCCAGCUGUAGCCAGUACUAGUCUAGACU